UUUUUAAAUCUUUAAUUAGCCGUUGCGAAUAUUAUUCUGAAGUUUAUGUCACUAAACUCUGACCAAAGUCGGGAGGGUUAAAAAUCAAAACCAUAAGCUAUGGUUUUAUUAUUUUAAAAGUGUUUCAAACACACUUUAAAUCAGUACAGUUGUUUUGUAUUAUUAGUUUUCAAAAUAUCUAGCUGAUGGCGAAAUCCUUUUUUCGUGAAAAAAAACUUGCCGCGGUUCCGCGACAUGUUACAAAAAUUCUAAAUAUUUUUAAACGAGCCCAAACAUGUCGUAUAUGAUUAUCAAAGCAGGAAAAACACUUCAAAUUUGUUUUCCGAACCGACCUGGUAGCUGGUCCUAAAAAGACUUAAUCGAAAUAAGUUAUUUCCAUUAAAAUUGUGAAGCUAUUUUUUUUAAAUAUUGUAUUUGCUCUCUGUUUUUUGGUCCAUUUUGAAAAGGUGGCAACAUAAACUUUGGAAAAUAUUUACAAUUGAUAUUCAGAAAUAAGAAAUUAAAAAAAAUAAUAAAGAAGUUUUAAAGUGUUCAAAAUGCAAAUUCUAAUCCGAAAAAUCAAAAAAAUAGAAAUUAAAUAGUUUAAAAAUAAAUUAUUGAUCAGAAAUUAUACAAUUUGAAAAUUAUGUUUAAUUAAUUUAAUUUAAGAGUUUUUGAAUCCAAGCUUAAAUUUUUUUAACGAUUUGAAUAUUUUUAUCAUUUUAUUUCUUCCUUUAAAAAUCGCAAGCUCAUGCACAAAGUGAAAAUUAGUUGAUAAUAAGGAUUCACUUAGUUGAUUUCCGAUUUUUGAUAUAUUAAAUAAAAAUUGGAGAUUGGCGACGGUGGAAACUAAAAAAAAACCAAAAGAAAGCAUUUUGGACGAGUGGUUUCGGAAAAAAUGUUUACGAAAAAGUAAUAAAAAAAUACACACAGAUAUUUCUCAAGCAUUUUUCUCUAAGGUCUCAGAUAUGUAACUAACCAUAUUCUUAAAACCAAAACGAUAAAUUUAGAAUUGUAUUUCUGAUAAUAGUUAAAAUUCACUCAAAUGUUUUUCAUAUUAAAUGCUUUCGUUUUUGAAAACAAAAUCCAAAUAUUUUUGAGAAAUUAUGAUAAAUUUUGAAAAAUGUAGAAAAAAACAUUUGUUAACAGUUUAAAGGUUUUAAUGCAAAUAAAGGAGGGCUAUUAAUUUUACAGUCCAAAUUCGACUAGCCGAAGCCUCGAUUAUCCAAAGUUUCGAUUAUCCGAUCAGGAACAAAUGAAAUCGGCAUGUUUUAUUUGCUUGUUUUUAACAUCAAAUUCGGCAUCUGCAACCACAUUUUAGUUAAAUAUGAACAAAUCUGGUGUUUUUUUAAAAGGUCCAAUACACCAAGUUUUCAGUUUUUGCUUUUUGGGUGUUUUUUAAUACCCCUGACGGUUUCAAAAGCACCCAAAAAGCAAAAAUUGGAAAUUUGGUUUAGGCUGGUACAAAUAUUUUUAAAAGUUUUUGUCACCCCCCCCCCCUUCGAAAUUGGCCCGAAAAAUCAGGGGGCAAAAAAAAUAUUUUUACAAUAAACUUCAAAAUUUCAAUGAAAAUUCAAGUGCAACCAGCUGAAAUCAAAUUAAAAUACAUUCUCCUGCGUUUAAAAACAUUUUUAGCAUUUUUGGGUUUAUUAAAAAAUCUUAAGAUUUUUUGAAAUUUUCGAUGCAAAAUCUUUUUUUCGAUACAAAUUUUGUUUUUGUCAGAUCUUCAAAAAUAAAACCAUCCACAUUAACGACCCCCGGGUCUUUUGUGGUCUCUAUUGCAAGUUUCUGCUCUGCUAGGAGUCCGAAGGCUUGAAUGAGGAGAGCACCCAAACCUCUUUAUACUCCAAGGAACCUUCCACCCCAGUGUUUGGACUGACGACCUUCGGAUUGCGAGUCCAACCGCCGCCAGCGAUUCCACCGGAGUAGGCUUGGUUUGGUGUGUUGUUUGUACUUAUGGCAUGGAGACGACUCCUACACCUGGAAUGACUUAACGGCCUAACAACUAAGGCCGGGACCGACAUUUUACUUCCUCAUCCGAUGGAAGGUUGGAGCAGAUGGGAAUCGAACCCAGAAUCAUCCGCUUACAAAGCGGACAGCGUAACCAUUCGGCCAAGCACUGCCACUCAGAUCUUAGAUUUUUUGAAAACUAAUGAUUGCAAAACAACUGAACUAGUGUAAAAUGCAUGUUGGUUGCUGCAAGUGUCAGUUCGAUUGGGAGCACUUCCCAACCAGAUUGCUUUGAUUAAAACCUGUACAACUAGCAACCCUGUACGAAUUCUCGCGCGCAACGGCGCGACGUUGCCACGCUGAUCGAACGAGCCACGAACGACGAAACACGAAGGACGACAAGAAGGACGACGAACGACGACGAGAGAAAAAACCGCCAUUUUGCGGUACCAGUUCCUUUUCACCCUCGGUAGAGUCAACACGCUUUUUCACGUUUAAAUAGUUAUUAAAGUUAGUGUUUAAAGAAAGUCCGAGUGUUUUACUUCACCACACCCACGGCCAUUGGAACCCAAAAUUACAGUCCACCCGUGAACAUUCCGCCUUUUUCCGUGGGGCCAACGUGCCGGCCCGAACAUUGGUCCAAUCGACCCGAAUUUGGACAUCCGGCGUGGAUGUGGUGAAGAAGCCCGGUGAAAAGAAGGAGGCAAACGAGCCUCAGAGUGCAAAACGGACAGUUCCCGUGCAACCCAACUCCGUGUGAAAAAGAAGAAGAAACAAACCAACGAAACAAAAGUGCAGUGAAAAAGUGCAAAAUGCCGCCGAAAGUUCAACGAACCCCGGCGAAGAAGCAGACGGAAGAAGAUGAGUUGGACGGCCUGAUCCACCUCCGGAACCAGGAGAUGGACACCCUCGAGGAGCUCCAAACGGAACUCACUGGUUGGGCACGAGCUGAUCGUACGGCUUCGGAUGUCCGAUCGCAUCUCAAGAACUUGGAGCGGAUCAACAACGACUUCGGCAACCUCCACCAGCGAAUUGUCCUCCUGACCGACUCCAAGACUCGGGGUCCACACGACGCGAAGAGGAAGGAGUUCAGAAAGCUGCACGACCAGAUCUCCAGAACUCUUGGACGAUGGGCGGAUGACCUUGCACCCGCUGUCGUUGCAGGUCCAUCUACGGCACUCCAACCAGCCAGGGUCCAACCGGUGAUCAUCUCUCAACCCCUGCCCAGAAUCAUCCCAAAGUUCGACGGCAAGUACGAGUCCUGGGACAGAUUCAAGGUAAUGUUUAAGGACGUCGUGGACAAGUCAAACGAACCGGCCAGGAUCAAGCUCUACCACCUGGAACAAGCCUUGAUCGGAGAAGCUGCAGGUUCGAUCGACGAAAAGACCAUCCAGGAUGGCAACUACGAGCGAGCCUGGGAACUGCUGGAAGAGCGGUUCGAGGACAAGCGGCGGAUGGUCGAUCUCCACAUCGGCGGUCUGCUGGGAGUGCAGAAGUUGGAAGAGGAGAGCCACGCGGAUUUGAGGGUACUACUGGAGGAAUUCAUCAGCCACGUCGAGAACCUAAAAUUUCUAGGACAAGAGUUCUCCGGUGUGUCGGAGCAGAUUGCAGUCUACCUUCUGGCGCACGCUUUGGACGAUGUGACUUACAAGCUCUGGGAGGGAACCAUCAAGCGCGGAGAGCUCCCCAAGUACGACGAGGCCAUCAAGUUCCUGAAAGACCGUGUCUUCGUUCUGGAGCGUUGGGAAGCUACUAAGAAGGCUGCAACGAAACGAAGUCAUCCAGUGACUGUACACGAGCAGCCCUACCACAUCGCUAAUACAGCCGUCACGUCGCAGCCUGGAAUCCGGUGCAAUUUCUGCAACGGACGUCACCUGACCUUCAAGUGCGCUGUCUUCAAUGGCCUUAAGGUGUCCCAGCGCAUGACUGCGGUCAGAGAGAAGAACCUGUGCCGAAACUGCUUGCGGAGUGGGCACCACUGGAAGGAAUGUGGAUCCCAGCACUCGUGCCGCAAGUGUCAACGAAGACACAGCACGCUGCUACACCGGCACCCACCUGCGUCCCGAAUCUCAGGCCAACCGCAUUCGCAACCCUCACCAUCCUGUCACAAAGCACCGAUGGUCAACGCCAUGUUGCCCACAGCACUGGUCACUUUGCGUGACAACGAGAACCAACCUGUGCCGUGUCGCAUCCUUAUGGACAGCGGAUCACAGGUAAACUUUAUUUCAAAAUCCAUGGCAGCUCGACUGAAGUUGCCAAAAACGGCUUCAAACGUUCCCAUCUGCGGCAUCGGGGAUGUUAAGACCUACGCCAAGGAGUCCGUAAUUGUUCAGCUUCAGUCACGGGUCAGCAACUUUACCGCAAACGCACAGUGUUUCGUCGUUCCGAAAGUGACCGGAACGGUGCCGUCUUCGCCGGUUGACAUCACGGAGUGGCCAAUACCCAUUGGCACCCAGCUGGCAGAUCCAAAAUUCCACAAGCCGAACCGAAUCGAUAUGCUCCUGGGAGUCACGAUGUUCUUCCGAUUGCUGAAAACGGGCCUGAUUGAGUUGGAUGGCAAUCAACCGGAUCUACGCGAAACUCACCUUGGUUGGGUCAUUGCUGGACAAGGUUCCGUCCAUGAUGAACUGCAUCCUCCAUUUCCGGUCAACGUAGGUAUGGCGAUUUGUGAUCCGUCCCAGAGAAAGUAAAAGGUUUAGCUGGAAACUUCUUCCCAGCCCGGGGGAGUAUGUUGGUUGCUGCAAGUGUCAGUUCGAUUGGGAGCACUUCCCAACCAGAUUGCUUUGAUUAAAACCUGUACAACUAGCAACCCUGUACGAAUUUUUAGCGCGCAACGGCGCGACGUUGCCACGCUGAUCGAAUGAGCCACGAACGACGAAACACGAAGGACGACAAGAAGGACGACGAACGACGACGAGAGAAAAAACCGCCAUUUUGCGGUACCAGUUCCUUUUCACCCUCGGUAGAGUCAACACGCUUUUUCACGUUUAAAUAGUUAUUAAAGUUAGUGUUUAAAGAAAGUCCGAGUGUUUUACUUCACCACACCCACGGCCAUUGGAACCCAAAAUUACAGUCCACCCGUGAACAUUCCGCCUUUUUCCGUGGGGCCAACGUGCCGGCCCGAACAAUGCAUUUUAGAACACUUUUUUCAUUUAAAUGUGAAGACUAUGGCUUGUUAUUUAAAUUUUUAUAUUUUUUUAUUUUUUUGCCCCCACCUUGACCUCGGCCAGGGCCGAGGGACAAAAACUUUUUUAAAUAUUUGCAUCGGCCUUAUUGGACCUUUAAAAAAAACACCAGAAAUAUUUCUUGACCUCCAUUUUGGCCGCCACAUUGAAUCCAAAAAUUCUAAAUUAUUUUAUGGUUCUUCAGGGGUCAUACUUAAGCUCUACAAUCAAAAAUAAGACAACAAGAUCUAAGGAUUUUUGCUGUCCCUAUUUAGACUGUAGUCCCGAUUCGCCCCAGAUGACGGUAAUUAUUUCUAUGUAGCCUUAGAGAAGUUCGCUCGGAAAUGGCUAUUUCGAAGGUUAAUAACUUUUUAGCAAAAAACCCAAAUUUAAAAAAGAUAUUAGUUCUGAAAAUUGGUAAGAACUGGAUAGUUUUCGCGCCUUCCAUUGGUCAAAAACUGAAACAGUUGCUUUUCUCCAUACAAUUUGACGAUUUUGCCCAAACUUGGUGGUCAGUGGUCAGAAAAAGCUCAAAUUUUGGAACUUAGGCUAGUGAUGCGUAAAUCUUUGAUUUCAGGGGAUAGCCCCAAGUAAGCCCAGAUUUGGACUAUCCUAACCAAUGUAAUGCUAAAACUACAAGAUAAAUGAGAUGUUACUGAAUGGAACAAUGUUCAAAUCUGCAGCUCAAUUUUUAAAUAUUGGAUCCAUAAUCUACAAAAAUUGAGCCCGGCAAUGGACGGCAAAUUACUUAGUUUGAUAAAUCAAUUCUUGAUUCUCUAUCUUACAAAUGAUUGGUGCGCUGGAAGUGGAGACACGAAGUCGUGAUUAUGCAGGAUAAUUUUUUUGUGUGCUUUUGUGUCACUAUUCGUAUGGGGUGAGUGAUUGUGGUAAUCGAAUAAUAGCAUCAUUGGUGCGCUGGAAGUGGGGACGCGAAGUCGUGAUUAUGCAGGUUAAUUUUUUUGUGUGCUUUUGUGUCGCUAUUCGUAUGGGGUGAGUGAUUGUGGUAAUCGAAUAAUAGGAUGCCCAGGGCCGUAGCCAGGAUUUUUGUUCGGGGGGGGGGGCUUGGGUGCAAAAAUUCAAGGAGUAUAAAAAUCAGCAAAUCAUUUAUACCAUCACUUGGUUUGUGGUAUAAUUAUUGAGAUGAAUUGUAAAAUUGUAAUGUAAUGUAUGCAAAAAAGUUUUCGAAGAUUU